AUGGUCGCCCAAUCCGAGCUUUCCUCCACACUGCGCGCCGCCCUCCCCAAACUUGCGCACCUCGUUCGUCCCCUCCCCACCCAGCCCGUUCCUCCUUCUCUGAAUAAGCCCUUCACUCAGGAGAUCCAAGACCAGUCCUCAGGCUGCGGGGAGAACUACUAUGUCCUAAUAGUGAGCGACGACUUCGAGGGGCUUAUCACGCUCAAGCGGCAUCGGCUUGUAAACGAGAUACUCAAGAAGCAGAUCGCGGAGAUGCAUGCGUUUUCCCAGAGAACGUUGACCGUCAAGCAGUAUGAGGCGAUGAAGAAGGCUGGGACGCUAUGA